UGAAGAAUCAAACUGAAUAGGGAGGAAGCGACCUUUUAUCUGUCAAGAUUGAACGAAGAAAACCAAGAAAAUGAUCACCACCAAAUAAGUUUUAGGAAUCGAGAUGCCAUACUUCAAGUUGCCCUGAGGGAUCUUCUGUAGAAUCAAGAUUUACUGAGAGAAGCCGCCUUUUGGAAAGCAGACAUUUUUCACACCUUUUGGGGGGGGGGAAGCAGAAGUAACCUAUCACUGAAGUGACUAAAGGGGAAUAAUGGUGAUUUUGCGCCGGGCUCGGCCGCCUGCUUCCGCCCCAACCAGCAAUGAAUCUUGACUCGCUCUCGCUGGCUUUGUCUCAAAUCAGCUACCUGGUGGACAAUUUAACUAAGAAAAACUACAGAGCCAGCCAGCAGGAAAUACAGCAUAUUGUAAAUCGUCACGGCCCUGAAGCAGACAGGCAUCUACUACGCUGUCUCUUUUCCCAUGUGGAUUUCAGUGGCGAUGGUAAAAGCAGUGGUAAAGACUUCCACCAGACACAGUUUCUGAUUCAGGAGUGUGUCUCUCUUAUCACAAAGCCAAAUUUUAUUUCAACUCUGUGCUACGCCAUUGACAAUCCUCUGCACUAUCAAAAGAGUUUGAAGCCUUCUCCCCAUUUGUUUACUCAGCUGAGUAAAGUCCUCAAGCUAAGCAAGGUUCAGGAGCAGGUGAUUUUUGGCCUUGCUCUACUGAACUCGUCUAACACAGACCUCCGUGGAUUUGCUGCACAAUUUGUGAAGCAGAAGCUCCCAGACCUCCUUCGCUCAUACGUGGACGCCGACCUCGGGGGGAACCAGGAAGGUGGCUUCCAGGACAUUGCCAUAGAGGUUCUGCACCUGCUGCUCUCCCAUCUUCUGUUUGGACAGAAAGGCUCCAGCGGGGUCGGACAAGAGCAGAUCGACGCGUUCCUCAAAACACUGUGCAGAGAUUUCCCGCAAGAACGCUGCCCCGUGGUGCUCGCACCACUGCUGUACCCUGAGAAACGGGACAUUCUCAUGGCAAGGAUUCUGCCCGACUCUGGAGAAUUAACCAAGACCAUGAUGGAGAGUUCCCUUGCAGACUUCAUUCAGGAAGUGGGCUAUGGCUUUUGUGCAAGUCUUGAAGAGUGCAGGAACAUUAUCCUGCAGUAUGGAGUGCGGGAGGUGACGGCCAGUCAGGUGGCCAGGGUGCUGAGCAUGAUGGCCCGCACUCACUCUGGCCUGACUGAUGGAAUCCCAUUACAGUCCAUAUCUGCGCCGGGCAGUGGGAUCUGGAGUGAUGGGAAAGAUAAGAGUGAUGGCUCUCAGGCCAACACUUGGAAUGUAGACGUCCUGAUUGACGUGGUCAAAGAAGUCAACCCCAAUCUGAAUUUCAAAGAGGUGACCUAUGAACUUGACCACGCUGGCUUUCUGAUUCGAGAUGCCAAGGGUCUGCAGAUUGUAGUGCAUGGAAUUCAAAGAGGCCUUGGACUGGAGAUCUUUCCUGUAGACCUCAUCUACAGGCCCUGGAAGCAUGCCGAGGGACAGCUGUCAUUCAUUCAGCACUCCUUAGUGAACCCAGAUGUGUUCUGCUUUGCUGACUACCCCUGUCAUAGUGUUGCCAUCGACAUCUUGAAAGCUCCUCCUGAAGAUGACAACAGGGAGAUAGCCACUUGGAAGAGUCUGGAUCUGGUGGAGAGUUUGCUGCGUCUGUCUGAGGUGGGCCAAUACGACCAGGUCAAGCAGCUGUUCAGCUUUCCCAUCAAGCACUGCCCAGACAUGCUGGUCCUGGCCCUUCUGCAGAUCAGCACCUCCUGGCACACGCUGCGCCACGAGCUCAUCUCCACCCUCAUGCCCAUCUUCCUGGGCAACCACCCCAAUUCAGCCAUCAUCCUGCACUAUGCCUGGCACGGUCAGGGCCAGUCCCCCUCUAUCCGUCAGCUCAUUAUGCACUCGAUGGCCGAGUGGUACAUGAGAGGGGAGCAGUAUGACCAGGCCAAACUCUCCCGCAUCUUGGACGUGGCUCAGGACUUGAAGUCUCUAUCGAUGCUGCUAAAUGGUACUCCAUUUGCCUUUGUGAUUGACCUCGCUGCACUUGCCUCUCGCCGUGAAUACCUCAAACUUGACAAAUGGCUGACCGACAAAAUCAGAGAGCAUGGGGAGCCCUUCAUCCAGGCGUGUGUGACAUUCCUGAAGAGACGCUGCCCCACUAUCAUGGGUGGGCUGGCACCAGAGAAGGAUCAGCCGAAAAGCGCUCAGCUCCCUCCUGAGACACUAGCCACCAUGCUGGCCUGCCUGCAGUCCUGCGCUGGGAGUGUGUCUCAGGAGCUAUCAGAGACGAUCUUGACCAUGGUGGCCAACUGUAGUAAUGUGAUGAAUAAAGCUCGCCAGCCUCCACCAGGGGUCAUGCCAAAGGGACGUGCCCCGAGCACCAGCAGCCUGGAUGCCAUCUCGCCAGUGCAGAUUGACCCUCUGUCAGCGAUGGGUUCUCUGAGUCUGAGUGGCUCGGCCACGUCUCACACCCCGAGCAUGCAAGGGUUCCCCACGCCGCUAGGCUCCGCCUUCAGCAACCCACAAUCCCCAGCCAAGGCCUUCCCCCCUCUGACUAACCCCAACCCCAGCACCGCUUUUGGGGGAAUUGGGAGCCUCACCUCACAGCUUCCAGGUCCUCUGGGUUCAGGCAGCUUAACUGGGAUCGGGACUGGCCUGGGAAUGCCAGCUGUCAGCAGCGAUCCGUUCGGCACCAGGAAGAUGAGCACUCCGGGCCUGAACCCGCCCACCUUCCAGCAGACUGACCUUUCUCAGGUGUGGCCCGAGGCUAACCAGCACUUUAGUAAGGAGAUUGACGAUGAGGCCAACAGCUACUUCCAGCGCAUCUACAACCAUCCCCCACACCCUACCAUGUCUGUGGAUGAGGUGCUGGAGAUGUUGCAGAGGUUUAAAGACUCCACCAUCAAGCGGGAGCGGGAGGUUUUUAACUGCAUGCUGAGGAACCUGUUUGAGGAGUACCGCUUCUUCCCUCAGUACCCCGACAAAGAGCUGCACAUCACUGCUUGCCUGUUUGGGGGCAUCAUCGAGAAAGGCCUGGUCACGUACAUGGCCCUGGGCUUGGCUCUCAGAUACGUCCUGGAGGCCUUACGCAAGCCGUUUGGAUCCAAAAUGUAUUACUUUGGCAUCGCUGCACUAGAUAGAUUUAAGAAUAGACUUAAGGACUAUCCACAAUAUUGUCAGCACUUGGCUUCCAUAGCCCAUUUUCUGCAGUUCCCCCACCAUUUGCAAGAGUAUAUCGAGUACGGCCAGCAGUCGCGGGACCCUCCGGUGAAGAUGCAGGGAUCCAUCACCACCCCGGGCAGCCUGGCUCUGGCCCAAGCUCAAGCUCAGUCCCAGCCUCAGAAAGCCCCUCAGCCUGGGCAGGCCAGCACUCUAGUAACCACGGCUACCACCACCACUACUGUUGCCAAAACGACCACCAUCACCAGACCUACAGCGGUGGGCUUCAAGAAGGACGUGCCGCCUUCUAUCAACACAACAAACAUUGAUACUCUGUUGGUGGCAACGGAUCAGACCGAAAGGAUUGUGGAGCCGCCAGAAAAUGUGCAAGAGAAGAUCGCCUUCAUCUUCAACAACCUCUCACAGUCCAACAUGUCCCAAAAGGUGGAGGAGCUGAAGGAGACUGUGAAAGAGGAGUUUAUGCCUUGGGUGUCUCAGUACCUGGUCAUGAAACGUGUCAGCAUCGAGCCCAACUUCCACAGCCUCUACUCCAACUUCCUGGACACGCUGAAAAACCCUGAAUUUGUUAAAAUGGUCCUUAAUGAAACCUACAGAAACAUCAAGGUCCUUUUGACCUCUGACAAGGCAGCUGCUAACUUCUCUGAUCGUUCUCUGCUGAAGAACCUGGGCCACUGGUUAGGAAUGAUCACCCUGGCCAAAAACAAACCCAUCCUCUACACAGACCUGGAGGUGAAGUCCCUGCUGCUGGAGGCCUAUGUGAAAGGCCAGCAGGAGCUGCUGUACGUGGUCCCCUUUGUGGCCAAAGUUCUGGAGUCCAGCUUGCGAAGCAUGGUGUUUAGGCCCCAGAACCCUUGGACAAUGGCCAUUAUGAAUGUACUGGCUGAAUUGCACCAGGAGCACGAUUUAAAGCUGAACCUGAAGUUUGAGAUUGAGGUGCUUUGUAAGAACCUGUCUCUGGAUAUAAAUGACCUGAAACCUGGAAACCUGCUGAAAGACAAAGAGAAGCUGAAGAACCUGGAGGAGCAGCUGUCUGCACCAAAGAAAGAGGCCAAGCCCACCGAGGAGAUGCUGCCCAAUGUCCCUCCAGGGGAAUUUGUUUCGUUUGCAGCUCCUCCCUCAGCACCAGCAACCACCACCACCUGCACAGCCACUGGGCCACCCACCCCCCAGUUCAGUUACCAUGACAUCAACGUCUACUCACUGGGGGGCCUGGCCCCGCACAUUAACAUCAAUAUGAAUAUCCCUCUGCUGCAGGCACAUCCUCAGCUGAAGCAGUGUGUGAGACAGGCCAUCGAGCGUGCCGUGCAGGAGCUCGUCCACCCCGUGGUGGACCGUUCCAUCAAGAUCGCCAUGACGACCUGCGAGCAGAUCGUGAGGAAGGACUUUGCGCUGGACUCCGAGGAGUCACGCAUGCGUGUGGCGGCCCACCACAUGAUGCGGAACCUGACGGCAGGCAUGGCCAUGAUCACCUGCCGGGAACCGCUACUCAUGAGCAUCUCCACCAACCUGAAGAACAGCUUCGCCGCCGCUCUCCGGGCUCCCACGCCCCAGCAGAGAGAGAUGAUGGAGGAGGCAGCUGCACGCAUCGCUCAGGACAACUGUGAGCUGGCCUGCUGUUUCAUUCAGAAGACUGCUGUGGAGAAGGCUGGACCAGAGAUGGACAAGAGACUGGCAACCGAGUUUGAGCUGAGGAAACACGCACGUCAGGAGGGCCGGCGUUACUGUGAUCCUGUGGUGCUGACCUACCAGGCCGAGCGCAUGCCAGAGCAGAUCAGGCUGAAGGUUGGCGGAGUAGACCCUAAACAGCUGGCUGUUUAUGAGGAAUUUGCCCGUAACGUUCCCGGUUUCCUGCCCAGUAACGACCUGUCUCAGCCCACUGGUUUCCUUGCCCAGCCCAUGAAGCAGCAGGCUUGGGCCACUGAUGAUGUGGCUCAGAUCUAUGAUAAAUGUAUAGCCGAUCUGGAGCAGCACCUGCAUGCCAUUCCUCCCGCCCUGGCCAUGAACCCUCAGACCCAGGCCCUGCGCAGCCUUCUGGAGGCCGUGGUGCUGGCCAGGAACUCCCGCGACGGCAUCGCCGCUCUCGGCCUGCUGCAGAAGGCUGUGGAGGGUCUGUUGGACGCGACCAGCGGGGCUGAUCCUGAUUUGCUGCUGCGUUACAGAGAGUGUCACUUACUGGUGCUCAAAGCCUUGCAGGACGGCCGAGCCUACGGCCCACAGUGGUGCAAUAAACAGAUCACCAGAUGCCUGAUUGAGUGUCGUGAUGAGUACAAGUACAACGUUGAGGCCGUGGAGCUUCUUAUCAGAAACCACCUGGUCAACAUGCCCCAGUACGAUCUGCACCUGGCCCAGUCCAUGGAGAACGGGCUGCACUACAUGGCGGUGGCAUUUGCCAUGCAGCUGGUGAAGCUGUUGCUGGUGGAUGAGCGAAGCGUGAGUCACAUCACGGAGGCUGACCUCUUCCACACCAUUGAGACACUCAUGAGAACCAGUGCUCACUCCAGAGCCAAUGCCCCUGAGGGGCUUCCACAGCUGAUGGAUGUGGUCCGCUCCAACUACGAAGCCAUGAUCGACCGUGCUCAUGGCGGUCCUAACUUCAUGAUGCACUCUGGGAUAUCUCAGGCAGCCGAGUACGAUGACCCGCCGGGCCUUAGGGAGAAGGCCGAGUACCUGCUGAGAGAAUGGGUCAACCUGUAUCACUCUGCCGCAGCCGGGCGGGACAGCACCAAAGCCUUCUCUGCCUUUGUUGGACAGAUGCACCAGCAGGGUAUCCUGAAGACGGACGACCUUAUCACGCGUUUCUUCCGUCUGUGUACGGAGAUGUGUGUGGAGAUCAGCUACCGCGCCCAGGCUGAGCAGCAGCACAACCCAGCGGCCAGCGGCGCCAUCAUCAGAGCAAAAUGCUACCACAAUCUGGACGCCUUCGUCCGCCUCAUCGCCCUGCUAGUCAAGCACUCUGGAGAGGCCACCAACACCGUCACCAAGAUUAACCUGCUCAACAAGGUUUUGGGCAUUGUUGUGGGCGUACUGAUCCAGGACCAUGAUGUGAGACAGACUGAGUUCCAGCAGUUGCCUUAUCACCGCAUCUUCAUCAUGCUGCUACUGGAGCUCAACGCCCCCGAGCAUGUUCUGGAGACCAUCAACUUCCAAACCCUCACUGCCUUCUGCAACACCUUCCAUAUCCUGAGGCCUACCAAAGCACCUGGCUUUGUUUACGCCUGGUUAGAGCUGAUCUCUCACCGCAUCUUCAUCGCCAGGAUGCUAGCACACACCCCACAGCAGAAGGGCUGGCCCAUGUACGCCCAGCUGCUCAUUGACCUGUUUAAGUAUCUAGCCCCCUUCCUGAGGAAUGUUGAGCUCAACAAACCUAUGCAAAUCCUCUACAAGGGCACUCUGCGUGUGCUUCUGGUCCUGCUUCAUGACUUCCCAGAAUUCCUCUGUGACUACCACUAUGGUUUCUGUGAUGUUAUUCCGCCCAACUGCAUCCAGCUGCGGAACCUGAUCCUGAGUGCCUUCCCCCGCAACAUGAGGCUUCCUGACCCCUUCACCCCCAAUUUGAAGGUGGACAUGCUGAGUGAAAUCAACAUUGCUCCUCGCAUCCUCACUAACUUCACUGGAGUGAUGCCCUCUCAGUUCAAGAAAGAUCUGGACUCGUACCUGAAGACUCGCUCUCCCGUGACCUUCCUUUCUGAGCUGCGCAGCAACCUGCAGGUGUCCAAUGAGCCAGGGAAUCGCUAUAACAUCCAGCUGAUUAACGCCCUGGUGCUGUACGUGGGCACACAGGCCAUCGCCCACAUCCACAACAAGGGCAGCACCCCGUCCAUGAGCACCAUCACCCACUCAGCCCACAUGGACAUUUUCCAGAACCUCGCUGUCGACCUGGACACUGAAGGGCGCUAUCUGUUCCUGAACGCGAUAGCCAAUCAGCUGCGGUACCCCAACAGCCACACCCACUAUUUCAGCUGCACCAUGCUGUACCUGUUUGCUGAAGCCAACGCCGAGGCCAUUCAGGAGCAGAUCACCAGGGUCCUGCUGGAAAGACUGAUUGUCAACAGGCCACACCCAUGGGGACUUCUCAUCACCUUUAUCGAGCUCAUUAAGAACCCUGCCUUCAAGUUCUGGAGCCAUGACUUUGUCCACUGCGCUCCUGAAAUAGAGAAGUUGUUCCAGUCAGUGGCCCAGUGCUGCAUGGGGCAGAAACAGGCCCAGCAGGUGAUGGAAGGCACGGGUGCCAGUUAAGCUGCAGGAGACGGCGAGAGAACCACCGCUCCUGAGCACAGAGAGAGAACCCCCCCACCCCACUGCCACCUCCCCCUCCCCAGCAGCACCUCCGCACAGCCAGCACUGGACUACCCUCCACUGGGACUGCUUCUGACCCGGCUAGAGUUGAUUUGGGCCAGAAUGAGGGUGUUUUUGUUUUUUUGACAUGCUGUUAAAUACUAUUUUGAAGCUUCAAUGUAUAUAGUACAAAAAGGGACAUUUAAAAAAGGCAGAUUGAGUAAUGAGCUGUCCAGUAUUCAGAUUUUACGGAUGCACACACACAAACAACGAACGUGGUUGUUUUGUCUCUCUUUCCCCCAUCUGCCACCGUGGGUUCAGUUUUUGCCUUCAAGACUGACAAGUUCUUUUUGUUUUGAAGCUUAAUGCUAGCAGCUAAAGGAAGCUGUCGUCUUUUUUUCUCUCUUUUUUUUUUGUUUGGUUUUGAUUUGUUUAAAGGGGCAGUUAAACAGUGUGCAGAUGUCCUGAUUUGGGUUGGAUGGCUCUGUCCUGGAGUGCAGUUUCGGGGUCAUGGGUUGUUGCACCAUUUUAAAAAAAACGAAAAAUCUAAAAAAAAAAAAAAAAAAAAACAGCAGUGGGUUCAGCGUUCUCCCUGGCACUUGUAAAAUUGUGGAAAUAUUCAAAAAUUUGAUGGUAAUUUGAAUCUUAAGUUUGUAAAAAAAAGAAAAAAGAUCCAAAUUGCUGAAAAAAGGAGGACCAAUACAGCCCAUUUUGUAAGGAUUUUGAAUGUUUUGUAAAUGUAUUGGUCCGCGUGUCGUAUUUUGUAGUACUUUAUAGUUGCCUUUAGUUCUUGCUACUUAUUUCCUGUAUGUAUGCAUUCUGUAGUUACCGCAUUAAACACUUG